AUGGAGCAUAUGCUGCGCUGCAAUAAUCUCAAAUGCCGAAAGGAACUUGGUGAUCGCGCAUUAGUGACUACAUGCAGUCAUAUUUUCUGUACUGACUGCGCUACUCGCCUUGGUUUGACAGCACAAAGACAUGAAAAUCGCAACUCGUGUCCUGCUUGCAAUACUCCUUUAACUAAUCCCGACGAUGCUGUCGUUUCAAAUCUCAAUCCUAGCGAGGAUUACAAAACGAGUGUUCUCAGCGGCCUCAGUCCCUAUGUUAUUAUCGAGUGCGCAAGUCGGGCCCUUAGCUUCUGGGCCUACCAAGCCACCCAGGAAGUCUUCUAUCAUGAGAAACUCGGCUCUGCACUCACUGAAAAAUACUCAAACCUCAGCGUCCAGCUUGACAAAGUCAUCAAUGGUGCAAACUUAGAAAUCUCCCGCCUGGAAGGAAAGCUUUCAGGGGCGUUACUCUUAUGCAUGGGAAUAGAGCAUGAGAAUCUACGAAGAAAGAAUGAAGAGCUAGCCCACGCAUACAAAGAAAAGAACCGAAAGCUCCUUCAGAUCCAAGAGUUGUAUGAUAAGCUCAAACAAAGAGCCAUGUUGGGCCAGAUGCAAGAUGCUGCCGAAGAUGCAGUUGAUUCUGCACUCCAUGGCCAAUCGGUAGAUAGAGCCCAAUUUGAGAGCGUUGGCCAAAAUUCUACCGAUUAUCAAGAUCACGGAACGCCGUAUGCGCACCAUCGCCCAGUGCUCCACGAGCAGCAGAGAAUGCCAGCCGGAUACCACCAUCAGGCGAUGCGACAGGACCAUAACAAUCCUUGGUCGAGGACUACGGGAGUUCAAUCAAAUGUCCCUAUCACACCUUCGACCCAUCGCCAGCGUCUUGGCGAAACGGCUGGUGUUGGUUUGUCGACCAUUCCCGGUCUUGUUUCAGGAACCCCUCAAGUACACCAGACUAACAUGAACCUACGAGCAUCACAAGUUGACAUACCGUCAACUAAUCUUCAAACUAAUACAAGAUUCCCUGCUGUUGGACUGAGCUCUGGUCUGAAAGUCAGCCACGAUGGAGGAAACUCUACCGGAUUUUCCGCAUCAUUAGCGAGACCACGAGCAGUAGCCCAGAGACGAACGCCAAUUUCUUCGACGUUCCAUCGAACACAAGCAGGCGGACAGCAGGAAAAUAUUCUCCCCGGAAUUCGAAAUAAUUUCACAAAUCUCUGA